UCUGCCUCCCCUGCGGUUUCGCUUUUCCAUUUCGGUUAGAAAUGACUCCACUAGCCUUGCUUGCCGGAUGCCCAACUGGGGCUGUCUCGCCUCCCUCGGCCCUUGAGGCUUUGUGGAAUCCUGGCAUGGUGGAAUGGCACUACUUAGAUUCAACUCUAUCUCUCAAUCUAUCGAGAACGAGGUCGGCUCUUCAUUCGACCAUGUCCAGGUCGUCGCAUUCAAGAACUAGACAGGAUGCUCCCGGCUAUGUAGGGUGGUGACAGGUCCAGAUGUCCAUAGAGCUCUCUUUUAAGAAAGGACCUCUCCCUGCGUUGCAUCUUCCCUGGACGUAGAUUGAUAUCUCAAUUUCUUUUUCCCAUAUGUCUCAAUUCUCCAUUCAUUUCCUGUACAUACCUUCAUACGCACAUACGCACAUACGGAUUAGACUUUGACCAUCCCACCUCAUUCUUUCUCUUCUGCCUUCCUGCUCUUUGUUUGAUACCCCCAGUGCGAUUUCUUCUAUCUACCUACGUCAUUCCUUUCAUAACCUUUCUAGAGGUACUGACCUCUCUCAAUCAAGGUGAAAAAAAAAAAAAAAAAAAAAA